AUGGCUUCAAUCAAGGAAAGAGCGGCGGCGUUGAACCUUGCAGAGAAACUAUGUGUGCGACCUCAAGCUCCUGGUGGGGCCAGCAAACCAGUCCAGUCUACCCCUUUGUGGAGCGGCCUAAUCCGCCACCUAAGGUCAUCUGUGACAGUGAAGCGUAGACGAGUCCACCUCAAGUCCCACAGUGACUGUUUCCUUGGCUCAGAAGCCGUGGAUGUGGUGGCAGAACACAUAAGCCAAGUGAAAGGCUUGGAGGGUGCUGCCUCGUCACGGGACAAAGUGAUGUUGGUGUGCCAGGCUCUGCUGGACUGCAAUGUGUUUGAGGCAGUGGGAACCAAAGUGUUUGGCAAAGACAAGAAGCAGGAUGUGUUUCAGGACAGCAAGAGUGCUCUUUACAGGUUUGUAAACGUGCACACUCCCUCGGUUGAUGAGCUGGAGAGAGGUGUGCUUGUGAACGGGAUCCAGAAGCUCUUCUGCAGUGCUCCUUCAGACAGGCAGGAAGAGCAGACAUUUCCCACAGGGUCACAUGUUCCGAUGCCUACCCCUGUCAUAUUUACUCAGACGUGCAUAAAAGCCAACCAAGUGGACACUCCUGUCAGUGCUGUCCUGUCACUGGAACCCAUGGUGAACUGUCUGAGUCUGAGUCCCAGCAGAGUGCCGACAGACUCUGUUUUACCACAAUCAUUGGUAGAUGAGGUGUGGCAGGAACAGACUCUGCUCAGGCUGUUAAACCUGGUGGAGCUUCCCCUGCUGGAAGGAGUGCUUCAGUGCAUCCAAACCCCAUCCUCCUCCCCUCCAUCACACCUGCUGGCUCACAGUAACCCAGACCUGAUUUACAGCAGCAAUCACCUGGACAGACAGAUCCUCAAGGCCUUCAGGGACUCUCAGGAGGAUGAGUGGUUUUGCGCAGCUCUGGAUUGUCUGGACUUCCUCCCUGACCAGUGGGUGGUGGAGGUGAGCAGAGAGCUGCCUCACUGUUUCCCUCAAGAUCAGGAGAGCUGUGAGCCAGUACCAGCUGAUGGCAGCAGUGCCCAAGAUAUUGACACCAAUUAUUGUGUACAGUAUUCAUUUUCAUCUCUGGCUCCAGGUAAUAACUGUGACGAGCAGUGUAAGCUGCUGUUGUAUGGGACACUAGUCAGACACUACAGCCAUACAGACAGACCUCCACUGCUGCCCCAGCACAUGACUGACAUCUACACAGCCAUCACUGACCUGCUGGUUAAUGCAAAGUUAGGCAUGGCUCUAGAAGCUCUGCAGCUGUGUCUGAAGCUGCUACCACCCAGCUGCAGAGAGGAGCUGCGCAGGUUGCUUACAUUCAUGGCUCUGGCAGCUGACCCACAAGGAAUAAAACUGGACAAAGAGAUAGAGAACAGAUUGGCAGUGAAGCGCUCUUUCUCCAGGGCAGUGCUCCACAGCAAAGAUCGCUCAAAGGAGAAAGAGGACCUGAUGGUGGUCUUCAUGCUCAGCAACAUAAAGGAAAUCUUUAAGAUACCAGGGGCUCUGCACAAAGGAGUGAGUGACAAGCUAGCUGGCAUGGUACAGGGGAAGCAGCCUGAUGUGACUGGCUCUGCAUUCUGUCAGCAGGUUUCCAGCAGAACUUGCGUUGACUCUACAAAGAAGACCACCAACCAGGAGCUGUGGGCUCUGCUAAAAAACAUCCACUUGGACACCAAGAUCUCAACCAAGGAGAGAAAGCGUCUGCUCAGACAGUUUUACCAAGCCCACCCUGAGAUAUUUAACGAGUACUUUGGUGAAUCUGCUGUUACUGUGCUGUAGAUGUAUGAACCAACGUGUCCACUCUGUGUUCUGUAGCCACAUACAGUUUAACCAGUAGAAAGAGAAGUAUAUACUCCUUUUCUUUCUUUGUAAAUAGUUACAAACUGAC